UGGUUAGUCGGCGAACUGUCAGUUCAAAUUUUUGAUAGAUCGUUAGUGCUCAUAUAAAACUAAUAAUAACGGACGUUAUGUGAUAAGGACAAUAAGUAAAUUAUUUAAAAACGGUUUCGUAUUAAAGUAGUGUAAAACAGACAAUAAUAAAGUAAAACAAUGAACUCUAACCUCAUAGCACCGGGACAGUGUGUCUCAUUCACAUACAAAGACUUGUUACUAAAGAAACUAUAUUAUUCGGUACUGUGCAGUGUAUUCUCCCAGCUGGUGCUCCUGCUUCUUUAUCUGUUGGUAGUUAAUUUGGACAUAAUCCAUCCUGUAACGUGGCUAUGGUCAAGUGUGACCACAUUUCUGUCAUUGACCACAUGGUUGUAUGUGAUUCCAUUCAUCACCAUAAUUUUUUGUCAAAGUAUUAUAUGUGCCAGAGAUUAUGCAUUUAAAUCAAACUAUUGUUCAACGAGAUUUCAGAAAUUUAUUGCUGUGUUUUCUGUUCAUAAUUUGAUUCUGUUAAUCCUUCAUAUUCUAGUUGGGGGCCUUUUAGUAUGGAUGUUUUUAAGUUUGAGUGAUGGAGAUUAUAAAAGUUUCUCAACAAGUUGCCACAAAACCCACCAGUGCAUUGUUGAAGGUACAUUCUUUUUAAUAUUAAAUGGCCUGUUUAUUGGAUUGUACUUUUUCUUAAAAGUCUAUAUUGCUGAAAAGAGAUUGUUUUUCCCUGUAAUUCACCAAAGAAAAUGGUUGCAGUUCAAGGCUUCAGUCAUCCCCUUGUGCAAAGAAAGUCUAGUUGCAGCUACUUUGCCAACAGUUUAUUAUUUAGUAUUUUAUUUUAUUUGGGGCAAUCAACUUUUCAUUGGUUUGACAAAUUAUUUAAAUUUACUGCCACCUGAAAGUGGUGAAGGCUAUUUUCUUUAUAUUUAUGCUUGGCUAUUUGGAGCAUUAUAUUACUUUAGCAUGAAUCUUAUGAGGUUUUUCUUUAAUUUGUUCUUGACUGAACCAGUUGAGUUGCCAAUCAUAAAACAAACUGAUGACUCCCUCACCCUUCAAAGCAGCAUCAACAAUAGUAAUUUCCCUAUCAUUCAAAGUUUGGCAUGUCUAGAUCUGAAACUUUUGGCCCAAUGGUCACCUUUAAGAAGACAAAUUUUCUUUAUGCUAUCACAGCCUGGGGGACAUCCACACAAUUGGAACAUCUUGAUUGAAAAUGUUCUAAAAUUGUUUACAGAGUACACAGAAUUAUUAAAUAAAUCCACAGACACAAUUCGCUCUGAUAAACAGCCACCACCACCACCAUCUCAGGAUCCAAUGUCAUGUCUAAGUCCUACUCAAUAUGACAAGUUUAGAAAUAUGAGAAACAUGUCUAUGGGAUAUGGAAGUGAAGUGACGGAUGUUGUAGAUGUUGUUAAUGAUACUUUGCCUGGACAGGAAGCAGUGACAUCAAUUUUUUCUAAACUAAAAGACAAAAUAAUAAACUUUUAUAACACCCUCAAAGUUGUGCUAGGAAUUAACUUUAUUUUUGGAGAAUUGCCGCAAGCAAACAUUCAGAAAUGUCUAGCCAAUGGACAUUUAAUCAUACAAACAAGUGAAGGGAUUUCUGAUUUAGUUUGUGCCUCAUUGGUGGAAGAUAGAUAUGGAAUUGUACAGAAGGAUUUGCCAGUACUCAUCACUAGCAUGGUUGAACUGAAACAGGGUUUGGAAAAACUCAAUAAAAUACCUGCUUUAACCAGAAAAAUGGUUGGUUAUGAUGACUUCAAUUAUAAAAUGAAAGGUGCAGUAACUGCUGCAGUCAAGAGGAGUUUAUUUAAUAUAUGUAGAAACUUUGAGAAAUAUCUCUGUGAAUUUCCUUUAAGUAAAGAUGUCUUAAUGCAAUUACAACCAUUUAUUGUUAAAAAUUAGUAUUUAUAAAUUGUAUAUGACGGUGGUUGAAUAUUUGUUUUUUGUAUCAGACUGAUGACUUGAAUAAAAGUAUAUUUUGUAUAUUAAAAGUAAAAUAAAUUGUUAAAUCUG